AUGACCUUCAUAUCAACGUUCAGUCAACUUAUCCUGUACACACAUGUGUUAUUAAACAUAUGUUAUGGUUUUUAUUUUGAACAGACUGAAGAAUUACUUAUAAAGAAUGCUCAUAGCGAUAUAUGUAAAAGAGAACAUUAUAUAAGCUUCAAUAAAGAAAUUAUAAAGUUAUGUUUAUUCUCUCAACCUUCUGGUGUUCAUUCUAAAUAUAAUCUUAUAGUAAAUACAUUAAAAGAAGAAAAAUGGGAAGAAAAAUAUAAAAUUUUAAAAGAGAAUACAUUUAAAAUUCUUAAAUAUUUCUAUACAUUUGUAAAUAAAAAUGAACUAGUCAUAAUAUUUUGUUUUAAUAAACUUAUAAAUAAAGCACCUUAUGAAUGCCAUAGAUCUAUUAACAAGGUAGAUGGUAAAGGAAAUGAAGAACAAAGAGUUAGAAUUAAUUAUAACCAUAUAGAUCCUUUAUCGUUAGUUGAUUAUACAUCUAAUACAUUUGAUUUCUUGGGUACUUCAUAUUUAUUAAUUUGUGGAAUUAACGAAAACAGAAAGUUAUCUCCAGGUUCUCAUGUCUUUAUCUUAUGUCGUGCUAGUAAGGAUUCUGGUAUUACCUGGGGAUUGACGUUCUCCUUUUAUUACCCACACGCCAAAAGCUCCGUACUGUACUCUAAGGUGGUUCCCAAAAUUAGUUAUAACGAAAUCGGAUUCCUGUUUUUUUCUCCAGACGUUUCUAUAAACAAAUAUAUUAAGUGCACUUACCGAGAAGGGAAUCAUUUCGAUUGUGAUGACAUUCACUUUAUAGAUGAUAAAUAUUUAUUGGAUAUUACAAAAGUAAGAGGAUAUUAUUUAACCAUUUUGUCCAACAAAAAGGAUAAAAAAGAGAAAGUAAAAUUGUGGUAUAUUUAUAAUUCUGUAAUUUCCGAAAGCAUGCGUAAUAAUGCUAUAAGUUCAGGUAAUGAAUAUAGAGAAGGUAAUUUAUUUUUAUUAAACGAUUCUACAGUAUUAUAUAAUUACUUAAAUGAAAAAGAUAGUUAUCUUUAUUUAAUAAAACAUAAAGGAUCUGUAAAACAUUGUACCUUAUUAUAUUUAAAAAAAGAAUAUGCAAAUCCAGGUUUUGUAAAAGAAAUUAAAAGAAACCAUACAACAACAUUAACUAAAGAUAAUUCUAAUAAUUAUAGAUAUGUAUGUAAUAUUAAUUAUGAUGAUUUAUCAAUUAAUUUAAACGAUCGAUAUUUUAUAGUAAGUGUAUAUAAUGGUGUAAAAACAGAUAUUAGAAGUUGUUUCUAUUUUAGUUAUGAUAAUAUUUUAGAACCUGUUAAUAUAAUUAAUAAAAUUGUUAAAGUAUAUGAAUAUAGUAACUAUUCUAUAUAUGCAUUUCAUAUUAAUAAAGAUUUAGAAUCCUAUUUUCUUUUUAAUAAAAAAAUGGAAUGCUUUCUAGGAGAUAAUUUUUAUAUAUAUCUAAAUAUUAAUUUUAUAAAUACAUAUAAAUUAGAUAAUUCAUUUGAUAAUAAUAAUGAAAAAGUAGUUAAUUUAUAUCCAAAUAAUCUUAUUUAUUAUAAAUUACCAAACAUUAAUUAUAAAAAUACAUUUCUAUCAAACGUUCAUUUCCCACCAUAUACAAAAUAUGUGCAACUCAAUGACAAAGAAUAUAUUUUUAAAUUACCUUCCUAUAUUGAAGAAGAUAUACAUACAGAAUUACAUUUUCUUCAGAAAGUUAAUAAGUUUUAUAAAAAAAAAACAAUUUUUCAUAAAGGUGGCCAUAACAACGAUCUCGUUUUAGGUAUCGACUUUUCAAAAAAAACUAAUAUCUGUUCCUAUGGAUAUUCAAAAACAUCAUGUGAAUACACGCAUAUAGAUAUUAAUAAAAUUAAUAUUAAAGUUCCUAUGAAUGACGAAAUUACAUCUGACAUAACAUUAGCAAUCAUAUGUCCCGUAAGUAAAAAAAAUCAAAACGUAUGCUUUCAUCAUACAUAUGAUAACGGAAAAAAAGUAUUAAUCAGAGAUCAUCUAUAUGAUAGAAACGGAUAUUUAAAUGUAUAUCCUAAAAUAUAUAUUUAUACACCAAAAUUAAAUCAAAUAUAUGAAGAAUCAAAACUAGUUAUAAGAAAAGAAUUUAUUGAAAUCUUUAAAAAUAAUAAAUGUAACUAUAAAAAUGUUAUCUUAUGUAAAUGUUACGCAAAUAAUAAGUACUAUGAUAUUACAUUUAAUUUAAUAUAG